UGUCCCCCAUCCCCGCCCUCUCCUCCCCGCACUCCUCCUCCGCCGGCCGGAGCUGCGGCAGCAUCAUGCAGAGCCCCGCAGGAGGAGCUCUCUGCCACCCUCUUGUGCCCCCUUGCUGCAGUGCCCCAAUGUCUGUCCCCGGAGGCAGGAGGCCAUCUAUUGGUUCGCGUAGGCGAGCCUCGCCUCCUGUCUCAAUGAUGAGGGACCCAUAUGGAACAUCCUCUGUGAGCAGUAGCACCUCCAGCUCCUACAAAGGAAGCGAUAGCAGUCCCUCUUCCAGGAGGUCCAAUAAGUACAGUCUGUGCAGUGAAAACCAUGGGAUCAAACCUCCCACCCCAGAACAAUAUCUCACCCCCCUGCAGCAGAAAGAGGUCUGCAUCCGCCACCUGAGGGCCAGACUGAGAGACAUGCAGGAUGCAUUGCACGAAAGAGACUCCGAGGUCGAUGAGCUGCGUUCCCAGCUGGGCCGGAUGCAGGAGGACUGGAUAGAGGAAGAGUGCCAUCGGGUGGAGGCGCAGUUGGCGCUCAAGACGGCGCAGAGGGAAAUCCAGCAGCUCAAAGAGGUCAUGGAUAGUGUCCGGGGACGGCUGGGAGACGGUGACACGGGGGUCCAGAAAUACUUUGCUGACAUCACGCUGCAGAAUCGUAAGCUGGAAACUCUUCUGCAGAACAUGGAGCUGGCACAGGAUGGGGCACCGUGUGGGGCAGAAGGUGGAGGCUCCGCUGGGGACUCGCCAGCUCGCUCCCUCACCCGCAGCUCUACCUACACCAAACUCAGCGAGCCUCCAGUCGGAGAUCACCACUCUCAGGACACCGGGGAUAGUGGGUACGCUGACAGCAGCGCUGUCUCUUCUGGUACAGAGUUCUACCUUGGUGAGGGGCCUUUGUGUCUCAGCGUGCACCCACCUCCUCUAUGUGCCGAGGCUGCUGUACAGGCCAGCAGUGUGAGUGACUGUGCUGUGCAGACGGACGAAGCGGCGAGCACCCCUGAGCCAGACACUAUCAUAGAGAAGGUUCUGCAGUCACAGAUGGCUGGCACCCCUACAUCCCAGGACCCCAAAGAGCCAGAAUCUGCCAAUCCUGACCCAAGCUGUGUAGUGCUGGUCACUGACGGAGCCUCUGGGGCCGAAGGUGGGGAAGCAGAGGAGCCUGAUGCGCCACUCAAUUACUGGAGUCGGCACUUUGUGGUGGACUUACUGGCUGUGUUGAUCCCUGUGGUACCCACGGUUGCCUGGUUAUGCCGCGCUCAACGUCGCCAAGGACAGCCGGUGUAUAACAUCAGCUCCCUGAUGCGUGGCUGCUGCACGGUCGCUUUGCACUCCAUUCGCAAGAUCAGCUGCCGCCCAGUCAGUGCCUCCGCAAGCCAGCCAUAACUCUGGCUGUCCCCGGACCCUAAACUUAGCACUUUGUGGGACUCUGCCGCCCCCUUUGUAUGUUGCCUGUGAACUGGAUGGGGUGGAAGGGAGAUGAGCCAGAGACGUCUUAUGCUGAGGAUAAUCAGUGAUCAGACUUUAUGGAAUGGAGUAAUUAUGAAAACAAAACGGCACGCAUCCGAAGAUAGAGGGUCAUAGGUGUUGACUGAG